GCUGCCAACUAUUUGAACAUAAAGAGCUUGCUUGAUCUGACAUGCCAGACAGUUGCAGACAUGAUCAAAGGGAAGACCCCGGAGGAGAUCCGUAAGACAUUCAACAUUAAGAAUGACUUCACUCCUGAGGAAGAGGAAGAAGUCAGGAGAGAGAAUGCCUGGGCCUUCGAGUGAAUUCGAGUCUGUUAAGCGGCGUCAAUAUUCUGCUGAUAGAUUUGCAAUAUCUUAGUAGAUGUUAUAAACAAUCUUUUAUAUUAGUAAAUAUGUGACUGUUGUUUCUCGGAUCUUUGACUUUGUCAGUUGAAGGGAGACAGUAGAACCUCUUUUGCCUUUUAUGCCAUGGUUUCUUGUGUCCUAAAUCGAAAUUGAAGAUAAAAUCAUGUUGGUAAUUGA